UCUGUUCUUCGCUCUCUCCACUCUGUUUCCACUAAAAAAACAGAGUAUGAAAUUCCGUUUCUCCAUCCUGCUCCUAUCAAUCCUCCUCGCAGUCUCGGCGGCGGUUUCUGUCGCCGAGCCUACUCCCUCCGCUGCCUACAACCGCGUGCUGUUUCCUGACCGGAGAUGCCAGAAGGCGAUGUCGGAGAACAGCACAAGGCUCGGCGCGUCACCGGCGGCGGCGGAGUGCGAGGUGUGGAGCGAGGCUUGUUCGGAGGCGGUGCUGAAAGUAGCGCGGCAGUCGGAGACAGCGGAGUGGCUGAGAGGUAUUCGGCGGAAGAUCCACGCAAAUCCUGAGUUGGCGUUUGAGGAAAUCGAGACGAGUCGCUUGGUGAGAGAGGAGUUGGAUCUGAUGGAAGUUAACUAUCGGUAUCCCCUCGCGAAGACCGGUAUUCGAGCUUGGAUCGGCACUGGUGGUCCUCCUUUUGUUGCCAUCAGAGCUGAUAUGGACGCACUUCCCAUUCAGGAAGCUGUGGAGUGGGAGCACAGGUCUAAAGUUGCCGGCAAAAUGCAUGCUUGUGGGCACGACGCACACGUUGCCAUGCUUCUUGGCGCUGCCAAGAUUUUGAAAACUCGAGAGCAUCUAUUAAAGGGAACUGUAAUUCUGAUAUUCCAGCCAGCCGAAGAAGCUGGAAAUGGAGCAAAACGAAUGAUGCAAGAUGGUGCUUUGGAGGACGUGGAAGCAAUAUUUGCAGCUCAUGUAUCCCAUGAACAUCCAACAGGAAUAAUCGGGUCAAGGCCUGGGCCCCUCCUUGCUGGUUGUGGGUUUUUCAGAGCCGUCAUUAGAGGCAAAAAGGGUUUUGCUGCCGAUCCUCACCGUUCUGUCGAUCCUGUUUUGGCUGCUUCGGCUUCUGUUAUCAGCUUACAGGGCAUUGUCUCCCGCGAAUCAAAUCCACUCGAUUCUCAGGUUGUCUCUGUAACUUCGUUUAAUGGAGGCAACAAUCUGGACAUGAUACCAGACACAGUGGUUCUCGGUGGGACUUUCAGAGCGUUCUCUAACACCAGCUUUUACCAGUUACUUGAAAGAAUAGAACAGGUGAUUGUUGAACAGGCAAGUGUGUACAGAUGCUGGGCAGAAGUGGAUUUCUUUGAAAAGGAGUACACGAUUUAUCCUCCAACAGUAAAUGAUGAGAGAAUGUAUGAGCAUGUGAAGAAGGUAUCUGUUGAUUUGCUGGGUCAGAAGAAUUUCAGGGUAGUUCCACCUAUGAUGGGUGCUGAAGAUUUCUCCUUCUACUCCGAGGUGGUUCCCUCAGCUUUCUUCUACAUAGGUAUAAGGAAUGAAACAUUGGGGUCUACUCAUACCGGACAUUCUCCCUAUUUCAUGAUUGAUGAAGACGUUCUACCAAUAGGUGCUGCUACUCAUGCCACUAUUGCAGAGAGGUAUCUCAUUCAACAUGACUAAGGAGCCCCACUCUUCUUUUCUCACAUCACAUCUCAUUCUCUUACACCAGUAAAUUCUCAUUUUAGUUCCUCAUAUUGUAAGUGUUUGUCACUUUAGUUUAAGUUUAUAUAUCUUUACUCUACUUUCUACCUUUAUAUAAUAUUUCCACUUUA